AAAUAUACUCGAAGUAUACACCUAGGCCUUGGUUUAGAUACCCCCAGAGUCACAGCAUAAGUAGAUACCGUUCGACGUAUCACCCGACUAAACGAGAAAAGAAAGAAAAACACCAAAGUAGGAAAAUAGACCCAGUCAGUAAUAUUUCACACUGCCAGAUCUACUAAUAUAACCUUGCUAGAAGAGAUAGAUCGAUAAGUAUCGAGCCAUGAGUGCCAUGAAAAGAAAAAUCUCCAAUGGGGUUGGUGUUGAUUCACCUAACAAAAGAGUGGCCCCUGUUCAAAUGUCACAAGACCAAGAUGACGAUGAAUAUAUGUCUGGGGAAUCAGAAGAUGAUCCACAACAAAGCUUCCCAAUGGCCAUUAGUAAUAACAGUAAUCAAUGGCAGCAGACGAUUACUUCUGUCAUCAAAUGUGUUGUUUCUAUUCAAUUUGCAAACAUUACGAAUUUUGAUACAGAACUAUGUCUUACUAGUGAAGCCACCGGAUUCGUGGUUGAUUCCAAGAGAGGUAUAAUAUUAACCAAUAGACACGUUGUUGGGCCAGGUCCAUUCAGCGGAUACGCAGUUUUUGAUAACCAUGAAGAAGCCGUCGUUAAACCAAUUUAUCGUGAUCCAGUACAUGAUUUUGGUUUUUUACAAUUUGAUCCAAAAAAUAUAAAAUAUAUGACUCUUUCUCAAUUAGACUUAAAACCUGAAUUGGCUCAGGUUGGUACAGAAAUUAGAGUUGUUGGUAAUGAUGCUGGUGAAAAAUUAUCUAUUUUGGCAGGUUUUAUUUCCAGAUUGGAUAGAAACGCUCCUGAUUAUGGUGCUUUGACUUAUAAUGAUUUCAAUACUGAAUAUAUACAAGCAGCAGCUAGUGCUUCUGGUGGUUCUUCAGGAUCUCCAGUGGUAAAUGAAGAUGGAUAUGCCAUUGCAUUGCAAGCAGGUGGCUCAACUGAAGCAUCCACCGAUUUCUUCUUACCGGUGUAUAGACCUUUGAGAGCCUUACGUUGCAUUCAAAAUGAUGAACCAAUAACCCGUGGUGAUAUUCAAGUUGAAUGGGCUUUGAGACCUUUUGAUGAAUGUAGAAGAUUAGGUCUCACUCCAGAAGCUGAAGCAAGAGCUAGAAGUUUAUUCCCAGAUAAAAUUGGUUUAUUAGUGGCUGAACUUAUCUUACCUGAAGGCCCAGCCGAUGGUUUAAUCAAAGAAGGGGAUACUUUGAUAUCCAUUAAUGAUACUCCAAUUAGCACUUUUAUCAAAGUCGAUGAAAUAUUGGACUCGAACGUUGGUAAAACCCUUGAAUUCGUCAUUCAAAGAGGCGGUAAAGAAUUAAAACAAAGUAUAACAAUUGGUAACUUACAUGAUAUAACUCCAGACCAAUAUGUCGAUGUUGCUGGUGCCUCUUUCAAUAACUUAUCUUAUCAAGUUGCUAGAUGUUACUGUAUCCCCGUUAAAGGUGUCUUUAUUAAUGAUGCCUCUGGGUCAUUCGAAUUUUCUACUUUUGAUAAAAAUGGUUGGCUCCUUCAAUCUGUUGAUGACCAACCUACUCCUGAUUUGCAUGCUUUCAUUGAAGUCAUGAAAAAGAUCCCAGAUAGACAAAAAGUUACCAUCUCCUAUAAACACGUUUCGGACUUACACCAUGAAAAUAUUCAUGUGGUUUAUAUCGAAAGACAUUGGCAAAGCACUUUUAGAUUAGCUACUAGAAAUGAUAAAACCGGUUUAUGGGACUUUACUGACAUUCAAGACAAACCUGUUGAACCUUCUAAAAUUACUCCCAGAAAUGCAAAAUAUAUCGAUAUUCCAUUUGAAGACGAAGAAAAAGCUGGAUGCUCAUCAUUAGUAAGAUCUUUUGUACAAAUCCGUACUAUUUCUCCAAUUCCACUUGAUUCAUUCCCUCACCGUAACGAAAUCGGCCAUGGGGUUAUUAUUGAUGCAGAAAAUGGGUAUGCCCUUGUUUCUAGAAGAUUUGUUCCUCAUGAUAUGUGUGAUAUAUUUAUCAUUUUUGCGGAAUCCGUGGAUAUACCAGCCAAAGUUGUAUUUUUACAUCCAAAUCAAAAUUAUGCUAUCAUUAAAUACGACCCAAGUCUAAUUUUGGCUGAUGUUCGUGCUCCUAAACUUAGUAGCACUCCUUUGAAAAGAGGUGAAAAAUCAUUUUUCGUUGGUUAUAAUUUCAAUUUAAGAUUAGUAACUGAUGAUGUCAAAGUAAGUGCAGUCUCUUCCAUUAAUGUUACUCCAAAUGUAUUAUCACCACGUUAUAGAGGUACCAAUUUGGACUGUAUUUUAUUAGAUAGCAAAUUAUGUCUCGAAUGUGAUACUGGUGUUUUAGCCGAUUCAGAUGGUACAGUUCGUGCAUUCUGGUUAUCAUAUCUAGGUGAAAGUAAUUGUGAUAACUCAGGAGAUGUUUUAUAUAGAAUGGGUUUAGAUGUUACUGAUGUUUUGGAUAUUGUUGAUAUAUUGAAACAAAACAAGGUCCCAGGCUCUUUGAGAAUCUUAGAUGCUGAAUUUGGUGCAAUGACUGUUUUGCAAGGUAGAACUAGAGGUGUUCCUCAAGAAUGGAUUUCUAAAUUUGAAGACGUUUCCCAUGAUGAAGUCAAGUUUUUAUCAGUGCAAAGAGUUUCAGCACCAAUCCUUAAUCAUCCGGUCAAUCCAUUGAAAACUGGUGAUAUUAUUUUAUCAGUCAAUGGAAACAUCAUUAAGAGUAUGAGGGAUUUCAAAGUUAUGUACCAUAACGAAACCUUGAAUUUCAAGGUGAUAAGACAAAAGAAAGAAUUGGAUUUGAUAGUUCCAACUAUUGAUACUAGUAGUAUCAAUACAUCUCAUGUUGCAACUUGGUGCGGUGCUCUUUUACAAGCUCCUCAUCAUGCUGUUCGCCAACUCAUGGAGAAGAUUCCAUCUGAAAUUUACGUUACUCGUAAGAAUGCAGGUGGUCCAGCUCAUCAAUAUGGUAUUGUCACCAAUAGUUUCAUUACUCAUGUGAAUGAUCAAGAAACUAAAGACCUUAAGUCAUUUAUGGAAAUUGUUAAAAAAAUCCCUGAUAACACCUAUGUUAAAAUCAGAUUAGUUUCUUUUGACCACAUUCCAAUUGCUAUAUCAGUUAAAACUAAUUAUCAUUAUUUCCCAUCAGCUGAAUUAAAGAAAGAUGACAAAGGUGAUUGGGUUGAAUAUGAAUAUAAAAAUACAUAG